AUGUUCAGCAAAAUCUGCAUUUUGAUUUGGUUUGGAAAAGUUUAUGUGUGUGGAACAAGUGCCGAAUUGUCCGGUCUGCCUAACACGAAAAAUGGCAGCACAUUUCACUGUCCAUCUUUUGAAACCGUCAGGCUGCACUGGCAAGAUUUUCACCCAUUUACUCAUUACAACUCUUCCAGCAAGAGCCUUGAAGGAGACCUCUCUCGUUAUAUGAAUACUGCACUAAAUGCUUGCUGUCCAAGACUGCGAAUUUAUGACGAGAAAAUAAACAUUACUAGCUCUUGUGAGAUGGAAAUACUCAUUCGACGAAAUCACGACAAAAAUCCUGUCAUCCAUUUUCCAAUUUUCUCUAACAAAGGAGAAACAGAGCAGCUUCAGAGGAGGUUUGUGGCACUGUUUCAUUCACCGGGACCUGCGGUUUUAAAAUUUGGCCACGGAUCGGAUCCAUUUUCAAAUAGAUUUCUGUACCUUCUGAAGAACGUGUGGGCGCUGGUGCUAAUUUCCUUUUUACACGCCUUACUUGCAGGAAUAAUCAUAUGGGCUUUGGAGCACAGGACCAAUUCAGCCCAGUUCCCGUCGAGUUCUUUUCGUGGAAUCGGACAAGGGGUUUGGUGGGCCUUUGUUACCAUGACAACCGUUGGAUACGGUGACAAAGCACCUCAGUCCUCCCUUGCCCGUACGUUUGCGAUCCUGUGGAUGUUAGAAGGAACAGUGUUGACAACUGUGUUUUCAGCUAGGCUGACCGCUGACCUAACUGCAGGCGAAAUAGGCUAUGACCUAAAUCUUCUUGGAAAAAGGGUUGGUGUUCCUCUAGGCAUGGAAACAUUUCUCAUAAAAGAGUUCAACUUCGGUGCAGAUUUUGAAGAACUAGAGGAUUUCCACGAUCUGAUUGAAAGUCAUAAAUACUCAUCGCUGGAAUACUUGCUAUUCUUUGACUAUGAUAUGGCGUCCGACCUGAUCAAGAAAAGGCGAAUCAACGACCUCAAGAUAGAAAAAAACAUCGCACACGAGUUUUCAGUCGGUAUGAGUCUGACAGGAGAUUUUGGAACCAAAGAGGAUGAGAGCUUCCUUGCGUGUUGGAGAAGGGAAAUCGUUGACGACUAUGAGAUUGAGAAGGCAACUCGAAGGCAUGCAAGAAAAGCCAAGAAAAAGGAACAAGCUUCGACGAAACAACCUCUGGAUUCCAGCACUUGGGUCAUCAUCAUCAGCGUGCUUUUUGUGGUUUUGGGAAUGACAGCAGCCAUUGUUAGGCAAUAUCGCUGGCUCAAAGCUCAGAACAUGGUUGCAGGCCGAGUUGAUUCCUCUUAACGUGUCUCGAUAUUUUUAAAAUUGAUGAAAUAUAGAAUGCAACCCCACGACUACGUAUAGAAGAAGCUUUAAUUGAAGAAAGAGAACAAAAUUAUGUAGCAGCCUCCCUCAGCACCGCGGAAAACAUCGUAAUCUUUGAUUCGUUUGACAGACUUCCUCUAGUCAUACCUUACCCACGCACGCUAAGGAUCUUGGGCGCGAUGAAAUCUUAUCAGCUCUUGUUCCACGGCAUGCCCAAUCAAACUCAGGCACCAUUCAAUGAUUAAUAGCGGUACAAACCGGUAUGAUUACGCAUGUUCAUCAUGGGGAUAAAUUUAUAUUACUUAUGAGCACGGGAUCAACGUCGCCUUCCGUAAACACGGAGGUUCAUUGUAAAAACUUCUUUUUCUGUUUAUCCUAAAACGCAAAACUGACGUCUCCGAAUUCACCCUGAUUGAAGAGCGUUCUCAAAAAGCUCAGUUUUCAGCGGAAAGUAGCAGUGUUCUUG